CAGAAUGGAGUUGCCCAAACCUAUUAUUGAACCCAAACUCUAGCCACACCUUUCCAAGCAAUGCAGAUGAAUAUGGAAAAGGAGCAACAGCAGCCGUCGGCACUGCCUUAGAUACAGACGGUAGCACUUGAUAUCCUGUAGGGUCGACAAAGGAGGCGGUGCAUUCAACAUCAAGCAACCUUUUUUGAGUAUGGAGUUGCUCCUGAGGCAGGAGCAGAAAAUGCCGGAUCUGGUUAUACCUUGGCAAGGUCCCUAAACCGCAAGGAAAUGGCCAUAUGCUUCCUCUUGAUGAUCUGCUUUAUUUGGAUGCCAUUUUUCACUUCAGCUGCCUUACUAGCACCUCCUCAGAAUAUUACUAUUCUGUCCACCAAUAUGAAGCACUUUCUGGUUUGGAGUCCAGUUGCGGAGAUUGCACCUGGUGAGGUUGUAAAAUACUCAGUCGAAUUUCAAGGAGAAUAUGAGAGAGACUAUGCCAAUGACAGCUGGAUUCCCAUUGCAGAAUGCACAUAUGUUAGUGUUACUCAGUGUGAUAUCACAGAAGACAUAUCGGCUACUGUGCCAUAUAAUCUACGUGUUAGAGCAUCUAUGGGGACAGAGGCCUCCCUCUGGGCCACACUCAAUGGCUUCUUCAAUCGUGUCACAACAUCCCUCAUUCCGCCAAUGUUGACUGUCACCACUGAUGGAUAUCACUUGCUAGCAGAACUAGAACACCUGGGGCCUGCCUUUGACUUCUGGAUAUUUUACUGGAAGAAGGGCCCAGAACCUGCGGUUUACCGCAAAGUGGUGAGAGAGAGCACCACCACUGUCCAUCUGGAAACAAUGGAGGCUGGAGCUGAAUAUUGUGUUAAAGCUCAGACCUACGUGGAAGCUAUCAACAGGAGCAGCAAUUUCAGCGAGGUGCAGUGUGUGAAAUCAGAAGAUGCCAAAGCCAUACUAUUGACCUUUGCCCCACUCUUCCUGGUUACUUUUUUUGUGGCUGUUUUGGUCCUUCCUUUUCUUGCUUGGAAAACCUGUCGGAUCUGCCAGUAUUCCUUCUGUCCAGAUGAGGUCCUUCCAGAUACUUUGAAGCUAACAGCAUCACCUGCUAAGAUACUAAAGGACAGGGGAGAAGAUAUGGAGAAAUGUGAUGAAUCAGUGCAAGUGUUGCCUUCCGAAGAGGUUUUGCUUCAUUUUUGGAUCCAUGAAACUCUUUAAUAUCACCCUGAAGACACUAAUUGCAAACCGAGAUUAGCAGUCUUGCUCUCCUUCUUGACACACAAGGUUUCUACUGAGAAGGACAGAUUGCACAAAGAUGGGAACCAAAAUAAAUAUGGUAUCAGGAACAGGUCACAGCAGCCUGGAUUUCUUCAUCCUUACUUGACAGAGAAGUGUAGACAGGUUGCGUGGUGAAAACAGACCAUCUUCACAAUUACUUACUGAAUUACUGUCUAUUUACUUGGGAUGUAAGGCCCUUGACCUGAUUCCAUUCCUCUGUUGUUGUUUUUGGUUCUUUAGAAGGGUAAUAUUGGAAAGAGGCACAAGUCAGUUUUACAGAUCAUGCUUGCAAGCAAGGAAAAACAGAAAUAGUGGGAAGCAUUUUGUCAGUAGUACAGUAUACUCCUCUGUAAGAAAGCAAGUUGCAUGAAGUGGAUCUUUUUGGAAUUAUUUAUUACAAUCCUUGUUGGCUUUAGCCACAGGUCCUCAAGUAUUCAGAAAGCAAUGGUGAUCUAGAUGCUACUAUAUUUCCACUACUACAGGGAGGCCAUCAAUGAGAGCCUGAAACUCAGAAAUUUGGGUUGAGAUUUAGUGGAUCGUUCAAUCAAUUGUUCAAAGAAACGUUCAAUCAUAAUCAUUCCUAGGCAUUAUGACCUACUGGAAAGAUUCAUUGUGAUACUGUCAUUACACAUAUAGCUGCAAAUCAGCACAUCUAGAUAAGGUCCUCUUUUUCAUGUAUGAGUUCUAAAAUCAAAUACAGAACUCAUUAACUCAUGGCUAUCUGGCUGGCUGUAUUUUGGAGCAAGUUCUUCCUUUUCCAGGUUCCUAGAUAGCUGUCUAUUUCCAACGGCCAAAUUCAUGGCUGUUUUCCAUAAGCUGAAAUGCUUACUGCAGAACUGGAAUUCAAAGUUUGGAAGCUUUCUAUUCCUGGAUGAGAUUUUAAAUCAGUGGUUCUCAACCUGUGGGUCGGGACCCCAUUUAGGGUCAAAUGACCAUUUCACGGGGGUCGCCAAACCACACUGUCCGCCAUUUUUUUCCCUUUUCCCUAGCUGUCCUACUCCCUCUUAUUGGUGGCCACACCCACUUGGGGGUCACCACAACAUGGGGAACUGUAUUAUGGGGUCACGGCAUUAGAAAGGUUGAGAACCACUGUUUUAAAUGAAAAAAAAAGUUUGGUCUUUGCUUGUGCUUUUUAACAAUGCAGGCACUGAAAUGCUUAAAUGCAUAUUUUAAAUACUGAGCUGAGCUUUUAUUUACUUUGUGGCUGUAGAUGUGAAUUUUAUUUCUAUAUUUACAGCUUGAUCACUCCUAAGAUUUUUUUAUGGCUGCAAAUAUGUGGGAAGACAUCAGAUAAUGCAAAAUUAUGGGGCUGGGAGGGGAACUAAGCUCUGGCAAAUUCACAUAGGUUGAGUAGCUUGGUUCUCACUUCACACUAAGCCAUAAUGUGGUUUGUUUAGCUUUGGCCUAUUGCAUUGUGAAAAUCCAGUGUUGUCUUAUAGAUAGCUUAUGAGUUAGCGUGAGCUGAACUUAUGCAUAGUAUAUCCAACAAUUCUAGCAAAAUGAGAUUGUAUGGCGAUGUCCAAAGAUCCUUUUAAGAUUUGCUAAACUUUUCACUUGCGUGUCUGCCUGUACCUUUAACAAGUGCACAAAAGACAGAAUCUUAAUCAGCCCAGCACUUUGUGUCACUGGCUCUGCAGGCAGGAAAAAAACUGCACCAAGAAAAUCUUGGUCUGUCAUGCAGCUAUUAAACAACAGUCUUCAUCUAUUAAAAAACAAAGGCAAACUGUUACAGAAGUUUCAAGGAAGGUUGAAGGGGGACAGUUAGAAAUUGUAGCUGAUCUUUCUUCCCCGUCAGUCAGUUAUGUCUGUCGUUAAGAAAAUGGAAAUGUUAGAAUUGCUAUGAACCUGGCUGCCUGGUUCAAGAGCAGUGUGUUGCAAUAAUACAACAGAAUCAGGAUAUGUGAUUUAUGAUUUGAAAGUUAGAUCUGAUUUAAAUAUAUACAAAAUAGUCCCUAAGUAUGCAUUUGGUAUUUACAAUGGAUUUAUGGCAACUUUUAGUAAUGUAAUAUAAAUUUGACUGAUGUGUGCCUUUUUUAUACUGUAAUUUAGUGUAAUUCAGUAUACCUGUUAAUUCAGGCAAAAAGAAUGUAUAACUAAUUCUCAGUUUAUACAAUCACAAUUGGAACUUGUUGCUAAACAAGGAAGUAGUUAAACAA